AUGAGUCCGACAAGGAUGCGUUCAAGCUUUGCAGUUCUGCUGAAAAAGCUAAAGAGCACUGCCCACAACGCUGGCAGGCCAUUCAGCGUUGGUUUACCGAGACAAGAGAGGUAACUGCGGGAGGCGGGGUAGUGCAUUGAAUAAGCCUUGUAAGAUAAUAAUUCCGGCUUUAUUAAUACUAAAAUAGUAAAUGUCAAAGGAAACAUGCCCAGAGUCAUACGUCUGGAUUUACAAUUUCAUAUAACUAACUGCUAUAAAAAAACUAAUUACAUACAAACUAUUUACAAAUGUAUGAAUAACAAUCAAAUAAAAUUGAAAAGGCAUCUGUUCACAAAACAGCGUUUAUGACGUUUAGUUCUGACACGUGGCAGGAUGUAAGUGUGUCCCCUUUUCCUAAGGCUCCUUGAUCUCUGGGGUGGAAGCAGUUCAUGAAAGGAAUGAAUACUAUCAGUAGUUAUCUUAUCCCAUAGUGGCCUAUCUUUGAUUCUAAUUACAUCAGUUGUGGGUAUGUGUAACGCCAGAAUGGCAAGGAAGGGGUGGUUGUUGAAUUGUUGUGGUCGAGAAUAAGAGACAGAAUUCAUCCAAUUUGGCCUGAAGAAGGGUGAGAUUUGCCCACUGAAAUUCACGAUCUCCAAUUCAAAAACGGGAAUUUUGACAACUUAUCCGGGGUGUUACCAAGAUUUUGCUUUAUUGAUGUGGCUUAAAAUGUUUUUCAACCCUCAGAGGUCCAAUUCUAAAACGACACAUUAGCUCCUGUCGUAUUUUUUUUCGGCUCAACACCCUGGGCAAUGUAAGUCUGAUUGUUUUGCAGUGAAAGGCAAAGAAACUAAUGUAGUCAAGAUCUAUAACGCACGUGCAAAGUAAUUGUAUUGCUCAUAUUAAAAAAAAAAAUUGUGAUUGUCGCAGUGCUUUGUACACACUACAUGCUGGUUGACCCAAUGUUCACAGUUAAAUCCCACCCUCGUUUCCAUGACCACGAGAAUAAGGUUGAGUUGAAUCCGCCUCUUUUCUCCACAGGUUAUGAGCAUGUUAGAUCCUAAAACAUCGCAAAUGUUUUAUUUCACCGGGAAGAACCACACAACCCCGAACUGCCCGGUGGAAAUGGUGCCGGAUUUCAACCCCUCGGCUGGCGUGCCGAGUUAUCGAAGGAGCGAUGAAGCGUGCAGUAAAAACGCCAAGUAUUUUAUACCUUUCUUUCUCGAGAGGCCUGGACCGAGAUAUAUGCAGUGGAGCAUUAAUGCUCAUGAAGCGAGGCCUGGGCACCAUACUCAGUCACAGGGUUAUCAGGAACACUUCCAGGACACCUGCGGUGGAGAAAUAGCCUGGGUAUCAUCAAUGACGUCAUACACGGCGUUUACGGAGGGCUGGGCACUAUACGCUGAGAACCCACUCAUUGCUUAUGACACGGAUACCUACGAAGAGCAACCGCUGUACAAAUACGGGAUGUUGAAGUCUCAGCUCUGGCGCGCACUGCGCAUGAUCGUGGACACUGGCUUACAUUACAAGGGGCUCCGAAGAGACGAUGCCCUUCACAUGUUCCAAAAGUAUUUAUGGGAUGACAGUGACAUCGCGUUAAAGGAAGUCACCAGGUAUCAAAGCGUACCAGGGCAGGCCACCUCUUACAUGAUCGGCCAAAUGCAUAUCAUAAAAUUGAGAGAGUACGCCAAGGAAAAACUCGGAAAGGCGUUCAAUUUGAAAGAUUUCCAUCUGCAGUUGUUGUACCAAGGUUCUGCGCCUUUGAGCUUUCUGGAGGAGAGCAUCAAGGAGUAUGUAGAUUGUGCUCUUAACAAGAACAAAGAAGGCUGUGAAGAGAUGCUUAGUCCCUUGACCGAAGAUAGUCAAGACACUGACAGUAACAACGAUUAUUUAGGUACAAUGGACUCGUUAGAAAGACAGCUUUAUUUUUAGCAUAUUGUUUACACUUCAGGAUGGAAUAAAACAUUUCCAUAUAUAUAUUUCUAGCUUGGCAAAAGGUGACAGAAUUUGAACUGUAGUCUAGUAGAAGAACUGAUUA